GCGGGGUCUGAUUUAAACGCGUUCAGUCGCGUCGCGUCACUGAGACAGAACUGUGUGACUCUCGGGUUAUUCGUCUCUAACUUGCUCUUCUCAGCCGUUUCACGAUGUUUGAGUGCAUCAUGUGAAACUGGUCAGUCGGGUACGUGGAGAUGCUCGGACCAUUUCACACGACCCCUGACCUUUACUGCCCGACUCUUUCACGAGACGCCGAGCCCUGGAUGCUGUAAGCAUGGAUGUUCACAUGCACAAGAGCCGGACGCUUCACUACGGCCUUAACGACUGUCCUGAUGAUGAUCUGCAGUUCCUCAGUCUGGAGGAGCGGGAGUGUAUUUUGUUCUUUGAGGAGACCAUCGGCUCUCUGGAGGAGGACGAUGAGAGGACGGGAAUAUCUGCAGGCGAGCGUCCGGACUCUUACGCUCGACAUCCCAGCCCUGUAGAUCAUGACAUCAUUGACCUGGUGCACCCUACAGCCCAUCCCAGCAAACAGAGGGACACGCUGCCCGUCAUGCCAGAGCUGAUUAUACCCCCAGAGUACCAUUUUGAACUGAAGCCAAAACGUGACCUGGAUGGCGCCAGCGGCACAUCUGCAUCGCAGCUGCUCCAGCGCAGAUGCAGUCUAGAGUCGCCGCCGAACCCCUCGGCCAAACACGGCCCUCCGACUCACGCCAAACCCACGCGUGUUCCCGACAGCAUCAGCAUGUUGCGGAGCAGCCGCGAACACAUUCCCCACUCGAUCGCCACUGAGGCCGUCAGCGUUCAGGAGCGCCGGGCGCAGAUGCUCGCUAACCUCUCUGGCUCGGCGCACCCUUUGGAUGGCGGAGAACCGGCCUGCGUGCGCAACCUUCCCAUGCGGAGCAUUUCGUUUCGAGAUCCGACGCCAGACAAGUCUAGAAUGGAGGCGCUUUCGAAGCUCGGACUCGCUCAGAGGCGAGCGCAGUCCGUCAUGCAUUCAUCUCCGAGAGAUUCGGAAAACGUCAAGACCGGCACCACGUUCAACAUUCCCAAUCCAGCUAACGCUAGCACGAUAGACACUACAGACCACUGCCAAACCAAAUCUAGCCCUGCACCAACUUUGACGAGUGCCGAAGUCACACACAGUGAUUUUAACAGCUAUGGCGGAUCCAAUAGGAUGGAGGCGCUUUCAAAAGUCGGACUCGCUCAGAGGCAAUCUGUCAUGCAUUCAUCUCCAAGGUAUUCGGAAAACGUCAAGACCGGCACCACGUUCAACAUUCCCAAUCCAGCUAACGCUAGCAUGAUAGACACUACAGACCACUGCCAAACCAAAUCUAGCCCUGCACCAACUUUGACGAGUGCCGAAGUCACACACAGUGAUUUUAACAGCUAUGGCGGUAAGAGCAUCACAUUAAACCCAACAACAUCCUUCAGGAGCGAGUGCGUCUCAUCUUCAUUGCCCAAAACAGAGUCUUCGGAGAUUCAGAUCAACAACUUCGGCGGCAGAUCGCGAGUCAUGACUCCAUCCCAGCCAUACCAUCACACCCAAACCAAGACCAUCACCCCAGUAAAAGAGGAAAACUCCAGCUCAAACAGGACUUCAAAUGAAGACUUACCCAAGAGAAAAGCGUCGCACUCCGAAGCGCCCGUGAAGCAGCCGCCCGCUCCGGCUCCAAAACCAUCACGACACCAAAGUCUGCUGAGUCCCGCCGGGUCGCGCCCCGCUCCGCUGUCCCCGGAUUUACGCCGCAAAUCUCUGCCAAAGCCUUCCUUCCGCACUCAGGGAGUAACGGUGCAGUUUUCUGGCAGAGGAGCCACAGAUGAGGCCAGACGUGAUGCACUACGCAAACUAGGACUGCUGAGGAACACGUCUUAAAUGUGACC